AUGUCAUACCAAGCAGUAGCAAUGAACGAAGAACUACCACCGCCUGUUCCACCAAAGAAGGAUGGUCGACCAGGACCAUCACAAGCACGUCCUCCACAGCCUUCAGAUGUGAGACGGCGAUAUGGUCCAUCAGCUGCAAAUGACCCAGUCCCAGGUCCGUCAAAAUUACCUCCCGCCAAACCGAUAGCUGGAGCGGAGCUAGUAGGGGACAAAAGACCUUGGGGAACUGGAGAAGCUGUUGGAUAUGCUGCGUUUGAUGGGAAUCCAGAAGCGGACGAUUGGCUACAUAAUCCUGAUCCAAAGAGAGAUGGCAGACAUCAAAGAGGAUCCCCUUUUACAGCGAGAGGAUGUAUCAAUAUCGGUUGUCUAUCACUCUUGGCAAUAGGGAUAGUAGCGUUAUUUGCUGGAUAUCCAAUAGUGGACUACUAUACUGGAGUGCAAGUGAAACGGAAUGGUGCAUUCAAUCUAGGUGGAAUAAACUCAACUGGUCAAGUUCCUCUGAUAUCGAAUUUCCCAUCGUUGAUAGAUUCAGAUACGCCAGAAGAUGCUUACAGUAGAGUUGGAUUUGAUGGAGAGGAUUACAAUUUGGUUUUCAGUGAUGAAUUCAAUAAAGAUGGGAGGACAUUCUUCCCGGGAGAUGACCCCUUUUGGACUGCUGUAGAUAUUCAUUACUGGCCUACUGGGGAUUACGAAUGGUACGACCCUUCGGCAAUAACUACGAAAGAUGGCGAUUUAGUAAUCACAAUGACACAAGAACCAAUUCAUGAUCUGAACUUCAAAUCCGGAAUGUUACAAUCAUGGAAUCAAUUAUGCUUUCAAUAUUCAUAUUACCUAGAAGUUAGAGUAUCAUUACCUGGAAAUACUCGAAUAGCAGGUUUCUGGCCGGGUAUUUGGACUAUGGGUAAUCUAGGUAGAGCAGGAUUUGGUGCUUCGACGGAAGGAAUGUGGCCUUACACAUACGACUCAUGCGAUGUCGGUACACUCAAGAAUCAAACCAACGCUGAAGGUACCGGACCUGAAGCUGCUCUUACCACUGGACCUGAAGGAGGAGGUAUCUCGUUCUUGCCAGGCCAAAGACUCUCGGCGUGUACCUGUCCGGGAGAAGACCAUCCUGGACCUGCUGAAUCAUACGGUAGGGGUGUACCCGAAAUUGACGUGUUAGAAGGUCAGCUGGACUUGUCAGUCAGAAAAGGUCACCUUUCACAAUCGUUUCAAGUGGCACCAUUUGACGAAAGUUACGCAUGGUUGAACUCAUCCAAAGGGGCAGAGAUUUACGAUAACGAUAUCACUAUAUUCAACUCUUAUACUGGAGGUAUAUACCAGCAAGCGGUUUCCGGGUUAACCCAUGUAGAUAGUAAUGGAUAUCAAGGAGCCGGUGGAGGUUACGGUGUUCAUGCCAUCGAAGUGUACUCUAACCCUAACGACAGAGACUCAGGACGCAUCACUUGGGUAGCUAAUGGAGCCAAAACAUGGACCGUAUUCCCUCCAGCUGUUGGUCCUUCACCAUCUAUGCAGAUUGGACAGCGGAUCAUACCUGAAGAACCCAUGUCAAUGAUUCUUAACUUUGGAAUGUCAGAUGGCUUCCAAGCUGUGGAUUGGGCUCAUCUUGAGUGGCCUGCCAAAAUGCUGGUAGAUUACGUUAGGGUCUAUCAAAGGACAGAUGGUAAAAUAGGAUGUGAUCCUUCAGAUAGACCAACGGCAGAUUACAUCGCCAGACAUCCUAAUGUCUAUAGUGAUGCUAAUUUAACAACAUGGGAUGCUGCUGGAUAUGCUUUCCCUAAGAAUUCUUUAAUCGAUACUUGUAAUCCUGUCUAA